GGCCCGCGCCUGGAGGCGGCAGCUCGAAGACGAAGAAGAAGAACGGGCGGAGCCGCGGAGGGAAGGCCAACAACCCCCCGUACCUGCCGCCCGAGGCAGAAGAUGGGAACAUCGAGUACAAGCUGAAGCUGGUGAACCCCUCGCAGUACCGCUUUGAGCACCUGGUGACACAGAUGAAGUGGCGGCUGCAGGAGGGCCGAGGUGAGGCCGUCUAUCAGAUCGGCGUGGAGGACAACGGGCUGCUGGUGGGCCUCUCGGAGGAGGAGAUGCGAGCCUCGCUCAAGACACUGCGCCGCAUGGCAGAGAAGGUUGGGGCUGACAUUACGGUGCUGAGGGAGAGGGAGGUCGAUUACGACAGCGAUGUUCCAAGGAAGAUAACGGAGGUGCUGGUCCGAAAGGUGCCUGACAACCAGCAGUUCUUAGACCUUCGAGUAGCUGUCCUAGGGAAUGUGGACUCAGGGAAGUCAACACUGUUGGGUGUCCUAACGCAAGGAGAGCUGGACAACGGGCGGGGCAGAGCACGCCUCAACCUCUUCCGACAUCUCCAUGAAAUCCAGUCAGGAAGAACAUCUAGCAUCAGCUUCGAGAUCCUCGGCUUCAACAGCAAAGGAGAAGUGGUAAAUUACAGUGACUCCCGGACAGCAGAAGAGAUCUGUGAGAGUUCUUCCAAAAUGAUCACUUUCAUUGACCUGGCUGGCCACCACAAGUAUCUGAAAACAACCAUCUUUGGCCUCACUAGCUACUGCCCAGACUUUGCCAUGCUGGUGGUUAGCGCCAACACUGGCAUUGCUGGCACAACACGAGAGCACUUGGGCUUGGCCAUGGCCCUCAAGGUCCCCUUCUUCAUUGUCAUCAGCAAAGUCGACUUGUGUUCAAAAGCCACUGUGGAACGGACAGUGAAGCAGCUGGAGCGAAUCCUGAAGCAGCCAGGCUGUAACAAGCUCCCACUGCUUGUGAAUUCAGACGACGAUGCUGUUACAGCAGCACAACAGUUUGCACAAUCUCCCAACAUCACCCCAAUCUUCACACUGUCCAGUGUUUCUGGGGAGAACUUGGAUCUCUUGAAAGUCUUCCUCAACAUCCUCCCUCCAUUGACCAACAGUAAAGAGCAGGAAGAAUUAAUGCAGCAACUUACAGAAUUUCAGGUUGAUGAAAUUUAUACGGUGCCAGAGGUGGGGACUGUUGUGGGAGGAACUCUGUCAAGUGGGAUCUGCCGAGAAGGGGAGAACUUGGUGGUUGGUCCCACGGACGAUGGGAAGUUCCUGCGGCUGAAGGUGUGCAGUAUCCAGCGGAACCGCUCUGCCUGCCGCGUGCUGCGGGCCGGGCAGGCAGCCACCCUGGCCCUCGGGCCCUUCGACCGCUCCCUGCUGCGCAAGGGCAUGGUCAUGGUGAGCCCAGAAAUGAACCCCACCAUCUGCUCAGUGUUUGAAGCCGAGAUUGUGCUGUUAUUCCAUGCCACAACUUUCCGGAAGGGGUUUCAGGUGACGGUGCACGUGGGGAAUGUGCGACAGACAGCUAUCGUGGAGAAGAUCCAUGGAAAGGACAAGCUGCGGACAGGAGAGAAGGCAGUUGUCUGUUUCAGGUUCAUCAAGCAUCCUGAAUACUUGAAGAUUGGAGCCAAACUGCUUUUCCGUGAAGGAGUCACCAAAGGCAUUGGGCAUGUCACUGACCUCCAAGCCAUCACCACCAAAGAAAACGGCCUGGAGGAGUCCCUGGGGCCUGGACAGCUGAGCUUCUGACUACCAGUAGGUCAGAGAAAUCUCCACUCACCAGCACCUGGGGAGAAGGCUGGAAGCUCCUGUGGCUUGCUGAGCAAUGCCUGGAGCUGCUGCUGUCCCGUUCUAGUGUGGAUGUCCCUCCUCUGCACUGUGAGAUGGAGCAUGGGAGAGUUUCUUGCGUUCAGUGCCGUACGUGGGACAAGUUAAGCAUGUUCUCCACGUCGCCUGCAGCUUUCAUUACCCUGCCCUCCUUCAGAAUAGAUCAGAGGUACCUGCAGACCUGGGCAAGCAAGUUUUGGCUUUGUUUACUGUUUGAAAAUUGCUGGUUGGGAGGCGCAGCGCAGAUGAAGACAAAGCAGUGAAGGGAUGUUUUUCCAUCUCUGACACAAGGUCUGGUCCCAUUUCUGCUCUCUGAGCACUGGGUUGAUAACAGUGUUCUCUCAAGUCAUCCUUCAGCACAUCCUUCUGGGCAGGGGAUGGAAGAGGCCAUGCUACCCACAGUGGGCUUGGCUGAACCUCUCAGAGUGCUUUCAGGACACUUUUUAACCGUUUGAAUCUUGGUUGGCUUUAAUCUGCUGUGUGUCCAUUUGUGCAUUGGUUUUGCGUUACUCCAAUCUGAGUGUCUUACUGUUGGACAGAUGUCCUGUUCCCCACUCACAUGUACACAUUUCUUCAGCAUCCUCUUUCUGACUCCCAGGAAGCUGUGGCUGCUCUGAGUGGCACAGCCUCCUGACAUAACAUCAUGAAGACAGAGUUUGUACUUGCAUCUGUUCCUUGCAGCAGCUGGACAGGAGGCCAUUCUCUGCAGCAGAGCAGGGCCUGGGCCUGUGCUGGAGUGAGCAGGUUGUUUCCAUGGAUGUUCACCUGAAGGUGCCAUCUGCAUUUUGGUAGCAGUGAUUUGCAGCAGGCUCCCUGGUGUGGCUGUUCCUAGCCCACCUUGUUCCUCAUAUGCUUGCCUUAAUGUGUGAGGAGAACAGGCUGCGUUACCUACACAAAACCAGGUAACUUCUGUUGUAACA